GCUGACCUUCAUCGGGCUGGACGUUUUCUUCGAACUUCCUCUUUCGUUUCGCUUGUUACUCGGCGAGGGAACGCGUCUGGAGAGCCGCUCGCGACGCCCUUCUCCGGUUCAGUUGGAGUAGACGCCAACCGGCAAAGUUUCAAAUCGCAUUGGUAAGCGGUGAUGGCUCCGACGUACGGCUACUGGGACCUGCGCGGACUCGGCCAGCCCGUCCGCAACCUGCUCGUCUACAAAGGCGUGCAGUUCGAAGACAAGCGGUACAAGUUCGGGCCGGCGCCCGACUACGACCGCGAGGAAUGGCUCAAGGAGAAGUUCACGCUGGGACUCCGCUUCCCCAACCUGCCCUACUACAUCGACGACGACGUCAAGAUGACGCAGAGCAUGGCCAUUAUUCGUUACCUGGCCAGAAAGCACGACCUCGCAGCGAGGAACGAGAAAGAGACCCAGGAGUUGGACACGAUCGAGCAGCAGGCGCGCGACUUGGCCUGGAACCUGGUGAUGGCCGUGCAUUCGCCCAACUACCCGGAGUCUCGUCGCAAGUACGAGGAGAACAUGGAGAACGCGCUGCGGCCUUGGGACGAGCUUCUGCAGGGCAAGCUGUGGGUGCUGGGAGACCGGCUCACCUACGUCGACUUCCUGGCGUACGAGGCACUCGACUGGAACUACGAGCUGAACGCCAACGUGUUCCAGGGCUUCCCCAUCCUGGUCGCGUACCUGAAGCGCUUCGAGGAGCUGCCUAACAUCCGGCAGUACUUCUCGUCGGGAAAGUACAGCAAGUACCCCAUCCUGGGGCCCAUGGUCAAGUGGGGAUUCAAGAAGCAAUAGUGGCGCCGCGCAGCUGGCCAUAUGGCCUCAGCGCCAACCGCUUGUACUUCAGCUUGGAACGCCGAAUGGGUGCAAUCAGAUCUUCAAGAACACCCACCGAAGUACUGACGUCAGUGCCAAGUGGCAUUGAGGCAAUCAUAUUACUACACCACCAAACUUCAGUUAUUUUGCACGCUCUGAAGAGAUGGGUUAACGACGACGCACACACCAUCGUCACUUCUCAAUGGAGUACAGCUUGGGCGCUAAGAGUAAGAGUACUUCCUUGGUAAGUACGAGGACUCGUAAAAAUAAAGUUGAUUAUGAAACUUUA